AUGUCCCAAUACACGGAAUUGCAAUCAUUCUUGCCAAAAUCAAGCUUGGACUCGGAUUCAGCAACUGUGGCUGGUACUUCACAAGCGAGAUUGUCUUCUAGAAUAAAAGUUAGAUUCAUCACGAAGAAUACGAACCCUACUUACACCAAUAUUGUUUCGGAAGUCGACGCUGUUUAUGUCUUUGGACCAGACAGUAGUAUCCAGCAGGCUGCCGAGUAUGCUGCAUCAAAUUAUCCUGCAACAGAAUCACGUCCAGCACCCAUCUUUAAUGAAGUGUCUGUUUUCUUUUUGGGUGGUUCUCUUCUCCAGAUGAACAGAAGAAUGGCCGUGCCAGACGUCGGAGCUAAUGUCCAUUCUAUGUUCAAGGAAGAUGAUACCAUGAUAGUUAGUAAUGACCCGAAUAUUUUCGCUAUCCAAGUCAAACAGGCCAACCAUGGAUUGGCCAUAUUUGGGGCAUCCUUUUUAGGUUUCCUCGCUCUGAUAGCUGCAAUCAUAGCGAUUUGUGUCUGGUUGUCCAGUCCCUGA